CGGGGGGAGGCGGCGGCGGCGGCGGGGGCUGCUGGAGGCGGAGGCGGAGAGGCGCGGAGAGGCGCGGAGAGGCGCGGGGCCGCCGCCACCGGCGCCCGGAGAUUUGUAAGACUCCAGGGCCUUCAAGCUGUGAUUAAUCCCAUGGUUCCUGAAAUGACUGGGAAAACAGACAUUUUGUGCACCAAUUGAAGAGUGUAUGUCUAUGUAUGUUUAAAACCUUUCUAUACGUACACAGUUACACGAGAAGACAGACUCAUUCUUGUGCAUACUUGAAGAGUUUUACAACUGAUGAAAAUUCAUUUAAGAAUCAGAUGGAGCAACUUGACACCACUGGGCUUGGGAGCCCGGGGAGAGAAAUGCAUCACUGAUGGCCAGUUUUCCGUAUGGUCUUCACGGGUAAAGAAAGUUUGCAAAAAGAAGAAAAAAAAACUUGCACAGAUCAAGCCUCAAAAAUACCUCUUCAGCGUAGAGAAGGAAUUAAGUGAGGAGGAAACUGAGGGAGACGUGUGAUUUCAAGCAUCACAGGUGGGAGCGUGCAGUGUUUUUUGCACUUUAUUUUUCAGUGGGUUUGGUGAUCUGGACAGAUGUUCAAAUUCUGGACUGAAAAGUAACUCCUACUCUGUGGUUAUGACUGGAGGAAAGCAAGUUAGGGUAUGAUGAGACAGAUUUGAAAAAUGAACUAAUUCCUUUGCCUUUUUCGGUUUUUGAGAAAUUUUAAUUUAUUAUUUCCCCUUUCCUUUCCCGUAUCUACAGGAUAAUAGCUUAAGGUAGCAAUUGAAACUGAUAAUUGCAAAAUAAUUGUCAAAGAGCAUCCGAGUAAAGCUUCUUUCCUUGGACUGUACACAUGAUGUUUGGAGACAGUCUCUGAGGUUAACAGGAAAGCGCCCAUCAGCCAAACGUGCUCAGCCUUUAGGGAGAAAGUGGGGAAGAGCCCAUCUCUCGCCCACGUUUUUGCUUUAAGGGAUUCUCUUCCCUGUUGAGUCCAAGAAGAUUUGCAUAUAAGAGGAGGAUUACUUGAUGGACUUAAUUCUGAGAUUAGUUCUUGUUCUUCAAGAUGGAAAAGUUUGUAAUCUUUAGAAGCAGAAAGGGGAGAAGUGACUAGGGGAGGGCGGAAGGAGGCGACAUUCUGCAGCUCAGCUUGGCUCCUGCGUGUCGGCAAGAGGGUUUAGGAUUCCCUGGAGGCAGACACUCAGACUCCUGCGAGAGCUUUAGAACCUUGUGACUCUGCUGAGGGAAGGGGCUUUCUCCCUGGCCCCUAUGGCAUUGCGGGGUGGGUCAGCCUGCAGAGAGGGCCUCCCUGGGGACACAGCCACCUGCUGGGGAGCCAGGCUGGGCUCUGAAGUUGGAGGUUUCUGGUUCUGAACAGCAGGGAAAGAGUCUUUUUUUCUGCCAAAAUUUGGACUGCUGUCUGCACAAACUCUGGUCUGUUUUGCACAGUUUGUGUGCCUUUUUUCCCCUUUAUGCAAUCUUUUUCAGCUUUAGCAGCAGAAAUUUGUCUAGUUCAGAAGACAAGCCAGAGGGUGGCUUCAGAAGGAAGGUGAUUCCCUGUGUUCUGUCUCUGCAUCUGAACUUUUGAAGAGAAAAUUCCAGCUUGAGGGAUUCUUAAAGCCUUAAGUUACUUGAAAUCUAUGUAUUUGCAACCCUUUUGUCUCUGGAAUCACAUUUCACUAAACUGGAAUCUCAGGCUGAAUGCGAAUAACCAAGUUGAGUAAAAAGAAGAACACUCAGUUUCUUUAUCACCACUUGUUAACAAUGCUCUUUCUCCAAAGGGUCAGCCCGCUCUUCCUCUGAGGACUUGAAAAUAAAAAUGGACCCCACUUUUUUUUAAGUAUUGUCUUUUCUUAGCCGACUGCCAUCAUCUUUUAUAGAGGAAUUUUUUCACUAUGCAUUUGGUGGAUCUUUAUAAAAUACUGACCUUCCAAAUAGAACCAGGUCAGUCUUAAUUAAAGGGGGUCAGGGAAACCAACACAAGCCAACCACAGAAAUAAAACAAACAAAUCAAUGAAAGGAAUUGGUUUACAUUUUUCGGCCUUCAGCGUUACUUUUUAAGUCAAACGGUUCUUCAAAAAAAAGUAUGUAUGCAGCGGUGGAACAUGGGCCUGUCCUCUGCAGCGACUCCAACAUCCUCUGCCUGUCCUGGAAGGGGCGCGUCCCCAAGAGUGAGAAGGAGAAGCCGGUGUGCAGGCGGCGCUACUACGAGGAGGGCUGGCUGGCCACGGGCAACGGGCGGGGCGUCGUGGGGGUGACUUUCACCGCCAGCCACUGCCGCCGGGACAGGAACACUCCGCAGAGAAUAAACUUCAACCUGCGCGGCCACAAUAGCGAGGUGGUGCUGGUGAGGUGGAACGAGCCGUACCAGAAGCUGGCCACGUGCGACGCGGACGGUGGGAUAUUUGUGUGGAUUCAGUACGAGGGGCGCUGGUCCGUGGAGCUGGUCAACGACCGAGGGGCGCAGGUGAGUGAUUUCACGUGGAGCCACGAUGGGACUCAAGCGCUUAUUUCGUAUCGAGAUGGGUUUGUCCUGGUUGGUUCUGUCAGUGGACAAAGACACUGGUCAUCUGAGAUCAACUUGGAAAGUCAGAUCACGUGUGGCAUAUGGACUCCUGAUGACCAACAGGUGCUGUUUGGCACGGCCGAUGGGCAGGUGAUCGUCAUGGACUGUCACGGCAGGAUGCUGGCCCACCUCCUCCUGCACGAGUCGGAGGGCAUCCUCAGCAUGUCCUGGAACUACCCUGCCUUCCUGGUGGAGGACAGCAGCGAGAGCGACACCGACUCCGACGACUACUCCCCACCCCAAGACGGCCCAGCAGCGUACCCCAUCCCAGUGCAGAACAUCAAGCCGCUGCUCACCGUCAGCUUCACCUCGGGAGACAUCAGCUUGAUGAACAGCUACGACGACCUGUCUCCCACUGUCAUCCGAUCCGGGCUGAAAGAGGUGGUGGCCCAGUGGUGCACGCAGGGAGACCUCCUGGCAGUCGCUGGUAUGGAACGGCAGACCCAGCUCGGUGACCUUCCCAAUGGCCCUCUUCUGAAGAGUGCCAUGGUCAAGUUCUACAAUGUUCGGGGGGAGCACAUCUUUACCCUGGACACGCUUGUGCAGCGCCCCAUCAUCUCCAUCUGUUGGGGACACCGGGACUCACGGCUGCUCAUGGCAUCAGGACCAGCCCUAUACGUGGUACGUGUGGAGCACCGAGUAUCCAGCCUGCAGCUGCUGUGCCAGCAGGCCAUUGCCAGCGCCCUGCGAGAGGACAAGGACGUCAGCAAGCUGACCCUGCCCCCCCGCCUCUGCUCCUACCUCUCCACUGCCUUCAUCCCCACCAUUAAGCCCCCAAUACCAGACCCCAACAACAUGCGGGACUUUGUCAGCUACCCGUCGGCUGGCAACGAGCGUCUGCACUGCACCAUGAAGCGCACAGAGGACGACCCGGAGGUGGGCGGCCCGUGCUACACGCUCUACCUGGAGUACCUGGGCGGGCUCGUGCCCAUCCUCAAGGGCCGGCGCAUCAGCAAGCUGCGGCCGGAGUUCGUCAUCAUGGACCCGCGGACCGAUGGCAAAUCAGAUGAAAUCUAUGGAAACAGCUUGAUUUCUACCAUGAUUGACAGCUGCAACUGCUCAGACUCCAGUGACAUCGAGCUGAGUGAUGACUGGGCUGCCAAGAAAUCUCCCAAAAUCUCCCGAGCUAGCAAAUCACCCAAACUCCCAAGGAUCAACAUUGAGGCUCGGAAGUCCCCCAAGCUGUCGCGGGCAACUCAGGAGAUAUCCCGGUCCCCUCGCCUGCCGAUGCGCAAGCCGUCCAUCGGCUCGCCCAGCCUGGCGCGGAGGGAGUUUCCCUUUGAAGACAUCACUCAGCACAGCUAUCUUGCUCAGGUCACGUCUAAUAUCUGGGGAACCAAAUUUAAGAUUGUGGGCUUGGCUGCUUUCCUGCCAACCAACCUCGGUGCAGUCAUCUAUAAAACCAGCCUCCUGCACCUCCAGCCGCGGCAGAUGACCAUCUAUCUCCCGGAGGUUCGGAAGAUCUCCAUGGACUACGUUAAUUUACCCGUCUUCAACCCGAACGUUUUCAGUGAAGACGAAGAUGAUUUACCAGUGACAGGAGCAUCUGGUGUGCCUGAGAACAACCCACCUUGUACUGUGAACAUCCCUAUCGCGCCCAUCCACAGCUCGGCUCAAGCUAUGUCUCCCACGCAGAGCAUCGGACUGGUGCAGUCCCUGCUGGCCAACCAGAAUGUGCAGCUGGACGUCCUGACCAAUCAGACCACAGCCGUGGGGACAGCUGAGCACGGAAGUGACAGUGCUGCCCAAUACCCAGUGUCCAACCGCUACUCCAACCCUGGACAGGUGAUCUUUGGAGGUGUGGAGAUGAGCCGCAUCGUCCCGAACCCCCCUCCGCUGUCCCUGCCCCCGCCGACACAGGGGGCCAUCCAGCUGUCCGUGGUGGACCAUGGGGACCGAGACCACGAGCACAUGCAGAAGCCAGCCAAGGCCCUGCGGCCGGUGCCACAGCUGGCCACCGAGGGAGACGCAGUGGUGUUCAGUGCUUCCCAGGAGGUGCAAGUGGCGAAGAUGAACCCCCCACCCCCCUACCCAGGAACCAUCCCCGCCGCCCCCACCACAGCCGCGCCGCCGCCCCCGCUGCCGCCUCCGCAGCCCCCGGUGGACGUGUGCUUGAAGAAGGGCGACUUCUCGCUAUACCCCACUGCGGCGGCGCACUACCAGACGCCCCUGGGCUACGAGCGCAUCACCACCUUCGACAGCAGCGGCAACGUGGAGGAGGUGUGCCGGCCUCGGACGCGGAUGCUCUGCUCCCAGAACACCUACACGCUCCCCGGCCCCGGCAGCUCGGCCACCCUGAGGCUCACCGCCACCGAGAAGAAGGUCCCGCAGCCCUGCACCAGCGCGACCCUUAACCGCCUGACGGUCCCGCGCUACUCCAUCCCCACGGGGGACCCGCCCCCCUACCCCGACCUGGCCGGCCCGUUGCUGCCCGGCCGGGGCGUGGGGCAGAGGCCCGACAGCAGCCUCAUCCACGCCACGCUGCGCAGGAACAACCGCGAGGCGGCGCUCAAGGCGGCCCAGCUGGCCGAGGCCCCGCGGCCGCCGCCGCACCCGCCCAAGCCCAAGGGCGUGGCGCAGUUCCCGGCGCGGCCCCCGCCCGCCGUGUACACCUGCAGCCAGUGCAGCGGCGCGGGCGGGGUUGGGGGCUCGGCGGGGCGGCCCGACCUGGGCGCGGGGGCGCAGCCGACCGCCGGCCUGGCGCACGCGUCCAGCACCUCCCCGCUAACCUCGCAGUCCUCCUACAGCCUCCUGAGCCCGGCCGACGGCGCCCGCGAGCGCGCCGACUACGUCAACUCGGCCUUCACGGAGGACGAGGCCCUGGCCCAGCACUGUCAGGUCGAGAAGCCCCUGAGGCACCCCGCGCUGACCGAAGCGGCGGUGGCCGUAAAACGGCCGCCCCCGUACCAGUGGGACCCCGUGCUCGGGGAGGACGUUUGGGUUCCUCAGGAAAGGACAGCACAGACUUCGGUGCCCAACCCCCUGAAACUGCCCCCUCUGAUGGUUGGUCAGAGCCAGCACCUGGACGUGUCCCGAGUGCCCUUCGUCUCCCCCAAGUCUCCCGCCAGCCCGACUGCCACUUUCCAAACAGGCUAUGGGAUGGGAGUGCCGUAUCCCGGAGGCUAUAACACCACCCCUUUGCCAGGAGUGCAGGCUCCCUGCUCCCCGAAAGAUGCCCUGUCCCCAGCACAGUUUGCACAACAGGAGUCCGCCGUGGUUCUUCAGCCGGCCUACCCGCCCAGCCUCUCCUACUGCGCCUUGCCCCCCAUGUAUCCAGGAAGCAGCGCCUGCUCGAGUUUACAGCUGCCACCUAUCGCCUUGCACCCCUGGAAUUCCUACAGCACGUGCCCGCCCGUGCAGAACCCCCAGGGCACCCUCCCCACCAAGGCACACUUGGUGGUGGAGAAGCCCCUCGUGUCCCCACCGCCCACUGACCUCCAAAGCCACCUGGGUACAGAGGUGAUGGUGGAGACCGCAGACAACUUCCAGGAAGUCCUCUCCCUGACAGAGAGCCCAGUCCCCCAGCGGACAGAGAAGUUUGGGAAGAAGAGUCGGAAGCGGCUGGACAGCCGAGCAGAGGAGGGAAAUGUUCAGGCCAUCACCGAGGGCAAAGUGAAGAAGGAGGCUCGGACUUUGAGUGAUUUUAAUUCCCUGAUCUCCAGCCCCCGUCUGGGGAGAGAGAAGAAGAAAGUGAAGAGUCAGAAAGACCAGCUGAAGUCGAAGAAGUUGAAUAAGACAAACGAGUUCCAGGACAGCUCAGAGAGCGAGCCGGAGCUGUUCAUCAGCGGGGAUGAGCUGAUGAACCAGAGCCAGGGCAGCAGGAAAGGCUGGAAGAGCAAGAGGAGCCUGAGGGCGGCCAGCGAGCUGGAGGAGUUCAAGUGCAGGAAGGCCAGUGAGAAGGAGGACGGGCGGCUGGGCAGUCAGGGCUUCGUGUAUGUCAUGGCCAAUAAGCAGCCGCUCUGGAACGAGGCCACCCAGGUGUACCAGCUGGACUUUGGGGGGCGGGUGACCCAGGAGUCAGCAAAGAACUUCCAGAUUGAGCUGGAGGGACGGCAGGUGAUGCAGUUCGGAAGGAUCGAUGGCAGCGCGUACAUUCUGGACUUCCAGUACCCGUUCUCAGCCGUGCAGGCCUUCGCGGUGGCCCUGGCCAACGUGACGCAGCGCCUCAAGUGAAGAGACCGCCGUCGGGACAAGAAAGAGGCGCAGAGCCUUCCCAGGGAGGUCUGAUCGCAGACGCGGGGGGAGCCCGCACGGCCUGGUCCUGGGGGGCCGGAAGACAAGGGCACAACUGGAACCGUCUGUCAGGCCCGGGCGAGGGCACUGACUCUCCAUUGUUUGUUUGGGUUUUUAUUAUCCUUUAUUGUCUUUAUUCUUUUUUUUUUUUUUUUUUUUUUAAGGAAGCAAAAUACAGGAGAGUGGAAUUUGGAAGCAAAGGGUGCGAGGCACCUGGCGUUGUUUAGGAAGCGUGAUCGCUGGGGGGCCGGGGGCUGCUGGGUGUGCUGUGUCAGCUGCGGGACAGGGGCCCUUCCGAAGGAAGGCAGACUGCCGCAGAGACUGCUUCUUCUAGGCUGGGACUGCGCGUCGUUUGCACUCUCCGCGAUGUCUAGCUUUUAUUAUUCCUCCAACGUCACCACUAGUCUAAAAAAAGAAUUAAAAAAAGAAAGAAAGAAACACAACCAAAAAAUCCUGAACUUACAAGUUCUCUUGGAGGGACAUUUAAUUCAUGCAUACUAUGUUCGUCCUCCAGAGGGGACCUGAUUAAUGAGGGGUAUUUUGGCAAAUGCACUGUGUUUGACUAAGAAAAGUAGGCUUUCUAUGGGGGUGCUAUUACCAGGUGUAAAUACGGUUUGCUCACGAGGACGUAGGGGAAAGGACGACGGGGCAGGAAGGCGCUCCUGCGCGUGCACACGUGGGUGGCUCGCGUAGCAUCGCUUGAAGCAGUACAAGGGCUACGCUCCUCUUCCGAGGAUGUUUACAUUGAAGACUCCGCUAGUUUUGUAAUAUGUCAGAAUUCCAUUGGCUCAGUGAUCAUCCAGUCUGACCAACUUCGAGGGGGAAAGACCCCCGCGUGUGCUGGGGGCGGCGGUUUUCAGCGGCAGGGGUGGGUCACUGGUCACCCCCUGCUGAGAAGCGGUCUUUAGUCCCUCUCCGCUCUCCUUGUUUGAUCUGGGAAACGUGGUAGCAGACGUUACCUUUCCCGUUAGAUAACACCAUUCUACACUUUCUAAAAUUGCUGCAGAUACUAAUUUGAAGGCACUCCUUUUCUCUUUUCGGCUAUAUUAAAAAUCCAGUUGACUAUAAAUGUUUUCCAACAGAUUAGAAGUGUAGGAAAAAAAUGCUAGGCGUUUGCCAGGAUAUGAAAAGACAGAGUUAUAAUCAACUCUUUGACAAGAGCCCCACAAGCUUCUCUACCAAAAAAAGAAAAUUGUUUAUUAACUGUACAGACUGUUUACUGAGGAGACAGACCACUGGGAGAACAUGGUUUAAGUUGUAGUACUUAAUGUAGUUUGUUAACUACUCUUGUUAAUUGCAAAAAUCCGCUGAGAUUAUCUCUUCCCACCUCCCCUUCCUCAGGGGACACGCUGGGCAAUAUUCAGCCCUGAUAACAAGACCCAGUUCGUAGUUUUCCAUUACCAAUUUCUGCGAUGUUAUUUAGGGCAGUGGCACAGGAGCUGUCUGCUGGUUUAGGGCCCUGAAUUUGGGUUUUGUUUAAAAACAAACAAGUAGAAGAUACUGCAGAAAAGUAUUUUCCAAGAAAAAAAAUUUUUUUUAAUCCUCUGUUUUAGUUUAAAAAUUAGAAAAGAAACAGGCCUGGAGCAGGAUGACAUCACUCACCAUUUUCUCCAGAUCCUGAAGAGACACAGGUGAGGUUUUAAAUAUGGUGAAGGACAUCUCCUAGCUAAUACCAGAGUUUCCCAAUUUAUAUUUUGAAAUAUUGAACCUGGUUCUUUGGUGGGUAAAUUUUUCCAUAAAGAAUUUAUCUGUGUAUUCAGAGUUAUAUAAUUCUUUUAUAUGAGUUUCUGUAGCUUAAUAUGAUGUUUCAGUGCUGAUUAUUAGCUGUGCAAUAAUGGUUAGCCUAUUUCUAAAUGAUUUAAAUGCCAUUCCCCUGUUUUAUUGUCCAAGAGUUAAUUAUUUAUCUUGCUUUAAUAGUGUUUGUAGAAAUUAUUUUGUUACUAUGUUCUGGUGAGUUAUGCCCAUUUUAUUAUUUAUUUAGGAAAAUAGUGUGUUUGUAACGACUUAUUUGGUGGCAGGAUAUUUUGCUGCAAGAAAUAAAGAGGAUAUGAUAGAAGGUUUUUUUGCUGGACAAUUUGUAACUUUUUCUAAUUGGGAAAAAUUCCUAUUAAUCUUUUAAAAGUAAUUUUUUUUUGCAUUUUAUGAUCUCAAUUAUAUACAAAGGAGAAUAUUUCUUUGAGAUAACAUAUUCUAAAAUAAUAUUUCCCCUUCUGAAAAUUUUAUUUUUAAUUUAAAGUAAAAGGUGAUAUGAAAUGAGACUUAUGAGAAUGAGAGUAGCAAGGAAAGGAAUUAUUGCUGGUAAGUUUCAGUUUUUAAAGUUCUGAUUGGCUUUUAAGAUAUAAAGACCACAAAAGGGUACAUUAACUUUCUUAGUACGAUCAAACAUAGAGGAAAAUCCUGGGAGUGAAAACUACAAAUACGUGUGAAGAAAAAGUGAGUAUUUGUAGCAAAUAAUUAAACUCACUAAGUUCCUAGCUCAGUCCCCAAAAGACCUUUUCCCCACAUGGGGGCAGAGGCCUCCAUCUUGGGUGUUCUGCAUACACGGGAGUCCACCUCUGAAUGGGAGGCAGCUGCCCAGCUCUGCCGCCAUGGGCUGAAGGAGGAGGUAAUCCCAUGUGCCAGUCGGUCAGAAACAGGUGUCUGCAGCAGUUGUGAUGCAGUGUCUUUUCAGCUAAUGGUGAUUUUUUUCACUUACUGUAAUAAUUGUUUUCAUUCAGUCAGUCUCAAUUCAUUAAAUACCACUAAAGUCAGUACUUUGAGGAGCAGAGUUCUACAUACUUAGCAUUUAUUAAUAUCAGUUUAUGAAUAUUAAGAUACUUUAUUGAACCUCUAAGGUUAAAAACAUUAGCCCAUUGGUCAACUACAUAAAGAAUACAUGCCUUUUUGAGGGAAGCAGUAUAUUAACAAACAUAAAAACCAAUGUUAAAUUUGGUUUAACCUCAUCAAACCAGAGGCACAGCUUUGAGUAUGGUGUACCCAUUGAAUGUAUAUCCUAAGAAAAUCUGGUACCAAGAAAGCAGGAAAAUGUCAGCGCUCUCAUGGCAGUCUAAGCCAAAGCAUCUGCAGUGUUUCUCAUCCAUGGCCGUUGCUUCCUUGCGGAGUAUCCCACAAGGGCACGUGAAAACGUGUGAUCAUAGCAGAAAGUCAGGAGACCCCAGGACUGAGCCGGCUCUGCCACACAGUUGGAGGAUGACCUUGGGCCUCCAUUUGUCCAUCUGUAAAAUGAAAGGCCAGCCUGGACAAUCUUCUAAACACCCGUCAUGCCUCUUGAAUGGCCUGAGGGCCUGAAUUGUAACAGGUUCAUCAUUCCACUUUAUAAACUUGGAUGGUAGGUUUUUAAAACAUUGCCCUUUGUAGAGAAAUAUUUCUUUUCCUAUAUUAAUGAGCUACCUACUGAAUGUAAACCAGUGUUUAAGAUAAUGUCUUUGGAAAGUUCACCUCUAGAAACAGAUGUGUUUGGAAUCAUAUUUGUUCUUAUAAAAUUAUGCAAAAGCACUGAUUCCAGGAAAGACAGAGGAGCCUCCCCAUGAGUGUGGACACGGCACCCUGGAGAGCAGACCUAAAUAAACACCACCACUUGCCCUACAGGCUGUAGAGUGGGUUGAAGAGAGAAUAAAGGCAUCUCUGCCUCGGCUGGCCUGCGUUCCUGAGUGUGCUUUGCAGUGUCCCACUGGCAUAGUGUUCGGAUUUCUUGAGAAGGAACCCACUGUGUCCUCGUGUGGACCAUCUAUCUUUUGGCCAAGUCAGUGGUUGUGAACAAAGUUAGUUGAGACGAAAUGUGUCCAAAAUGCUGUUUGAGUUCCUGGGAUUUUGGAAUAGCACACAACUCAAACUCUUCAACAUUUGUGUAUCUCCUUACCUCUGGCCAAUGAAACUCUGAAGGGUUGUGGUUUCCAUUUCUUUGGCUUUGUGCAAUUUUCUUGUAACUUUUCUUGUACCUAUAUUUUCUCUUUACAAGUUCUUUUACAGGGAAGGGUUCGGGUUCUAAGACCACGUUGUUGAUUGUAGAUAAAAAUUUUUUUCGUGUUGUAGAAAAGCAUGGGUUAUGUGUUUGACUGAAAAAGGCACUGUGUUAUUUACCAAAGGGGUAUCGUUUUUAUGUUUGUUUAUAAAUGCAUUAUUUUGUUACUGUAAAUUUGGACAUAAUUUCUGAGUUUAUUACUACUGGCAUUUUCUUUUUCCUUUUUUUUUUUUCCCAAACUGUAAGUGCGUGACGCAGGUGCACAGGUCCCAGACCAAACCAGACCACCAGCAUGUUCUUGUCCCCGCCUUGGGAGUGGCGUGCUGCUUUGGGCGCCUGAAUUCCUCUCUCACUGGUUUGUUUGUUAGUUUUUUAACUCAGCAUCCUUUGUUUUACUUUCCAAGCAAGAUCUGUUGAGACUUCCGAUUUGCAUUCUAAUGCGCUUACCCUUAUUUGCCUCUCUUCUUAUGUAUUUUGUGUAUUAGAUUGUGCAGGAGGUUUUCUAGAAGGCAUUAGUGGUUUGCAUUCAAAAUGACGUGAUUUGUCCAAAUUAUUUUGUCUUUAUUAUUGAGAUGGACUAAUCUUAUUUUUCCCUUGAUGAUUUGAAGUUGUAAGAGUUGUCCAGCUAUUGCUUAAUAAAAUUUUGCAGUUCAAAAAAAAAUCAAUUACUUGUGUGCAGAAUUCAGACGUGGUCUUGAGUCCGUUAAGAAGAAAUCACCGCUCCCCACUGGCAUGACCCAUUGUCCAGAUGCUUCUCCAGUCCCUGGGUUACUGCCAGCCAUUGCUUGACACCUGAGAUCUUUGUCAUCAUUGCUCUUUCUGAGAGGUCAGAGAUUGUAUUGUCUUCUUGAUGGGUUGGUUUGAGUUUGUGUUUAUUUUUUCCUUGCUUUUUAAAAGAGGAUCCAAUUCAGGAUGCCUCCGUCAUAGCACCCACAAGAUCAGAGAUGCUAAGUACAUUGGCACCUUCUUUGUUAAUCUGUACCAAACUCAAUAAAACCACAUUUUGAGCAGUUCCACUACAA